ACUUUGUCCAUGCAGGACAUGGAUACUGCGCAAGCUGCUCAUAAAUGCGGUCAAGAUGCUGAUGACGCCGACAUCGAUGCGUCCCAAGAGCUGCUGACGGCUAUCAAACUCACAUGUGGCCGUACAGUGCCUAAUAGGCUGGUGAAGGUUGCUAUGUACGAGCACAUGAGCAACCUCUACGGAGGGCCGCCUAACGAGGCACAUUUUGAACUCUAUUCGCGCUGGUCCAAAGGAGAGUGGGGUAUGAUCUGCACGGGAAACGUGCAAGUAUGUAACGAUCACCUUACGCUUGGGAGAGACAUGGUCGUUCCAGAACACAUCACUCCAGAGACGGUCGAACCGUUCAGGCGAUUAGCAGACGCUAUCCACGGGGAAGCGUAUACGAAGGCACAGGAGCGAGAUAACAAGCCGCUUGCGAUCAUGCAGCUCUCUCAUCCCGGCCGACAGUCGGCCAAUAUCCUCGGCGGACGCUGGCCGUUCGUCCCGCCGCUCGCGCCGAGCGCUGUGCCCAUUGGCCGGACGCGUCGGGCGGGGACAUCAGCUGCCUCGUCGCUGCUCUCGUUUAUUCUGCUCUUGGUUUUCUUCCAGACUCCUCGACGCAUGUCUGUUGCUGAUAUAGACGAGGUUGUCGAUGCGUUCGUCAGGGGAGCGCGACUUGCCGCUGAGAGCGGGUUCGAUGGAGUUGAGUUGCAUGCGGCACACGGGUAUCUCAUUUCUCAAUUCAUGUCUUCAAAAACAAACUUGCGGAAUGACGAAUACUCUGCGCACAGUGAUCCCCUACGAUUACUCCGCCGUAUCGUCUCUGCAAUCCGAGGAUCGAGCGCUAUCGCCAGCGACUUCGUGGUCGGGAUUAAGCUUAACGCCUCAGACUAUGUUGAACAUCAAAACUCUGACAAUCCGUCGGAUUACAGUCAGGCACAAGAAGACCGUGCUAUGCAGCAUCUCCGAGAAAUCGCCUCUUGGAAUAUGGUUGACUACAUACAAGUUAGCGGAGGCGACUAUGAAGAUCCAGCAUUCAUGAUCAAAACAAAGAUGCAGUCCUCUCGGCAAACACUUUUCACACGCUUUGCCCAUGAAGCCGUCCAGGUGUUGUCAUCAACUUCUUCGGAACAAUUUGGCGGGAAUGCUCUAAGUUCUGCGGCAUGCAAUGGAAGACCAUUGCCACUUGUCAUGCUGACCGGCGGCCUGCGCACGCUCCCUCUCCUCACCUCAGCACUCGCCAACAAGCAUGCACACCUCCUCGGGGUCGGCCGACUCGCCGUCCUCUGCCCCGAGCUUCCUCGCAUGCUCCAAGACGGCAUGUCAAAAACAAUCCUCUCAGAGCCGCUACCCGAGCCGGACCUCACAGGACUCGGAAUAGUCCCUCCCUCGGGACAAUCUAUUUUUAGCAAGCUCGAGAGGGCAGUGCUCUGGGUGAUGAUCGUUCUGUGGGACAGCAUUCCCGUAGAGCUGCCCAAGCUCGUUGGCGCGGGAACGGACAUGGCGUGGCAUAUUGUCAUGAUGCGGCGCAUUGCGAGGGGCCAAGAUGUGGAUUUCAGUGUGGGCGGGCUUGCGGCGGUGCUGAGGAUGUGGCUGUGGGUUGCACCUUGGCAAGAAGAAGACAGUCUGUGGGACUCGUAUGCAUGGGUAUUGAUGGGGCUGAUUGGUGUAUUGGUAGGUAUCAUCAUAGGAAUGUUAUUGUGAUUGAUGCUGGGAAGAAUAUAUCGCG